AGUAUACUGUGGAAAUAGAGAUGAAGUUAAUGGCAAUAAGUGUGUUUAUGUGUCUAUGUGUUUGUUUUUGUUUGUUGUAGAGAACAGAAGACAUGGGCUGUUUCUUGAAAUCAAUGCUGAUGGCUCAGUCAGGGGUUCUCCAGUACAGAACUCAAACUGUGUGCAGGAACUGCGCUCAGUGAAAGCGGGCAAGACAGUAAUCAAAGGUGUGGCUACAUCGCUCUUCCUCUGCGUAAACAAUGCAGGCAACCUGAGAGGACAGCGGGAUUACACUGAAGAGGACUGCACCUUUCAGGAACUGCUCCUGGCAGAUGGAUAUUCUCUUUUCCUUUCUCCACACAAUGGACUUCCUGUGUCACUCCUCUCAAAGCAGUUGGGACAGAGACAUAGCACCCCAUUUUCUCGGUUCCUCCCUAUUAUGAAUACUCAGUUUAUAGUGUCCAGGAGUGGAGUGGAGAGCCAGAUACACGAGGUGAAACAGUAUAUUCAAGACAUAAACUUGGACUCUGAUGACCCACUUGGAAUGGGACAUCAGUCACACAUACAGACUGUUUUCAGCCCUAGUCUGCAUACUGAGAAAUGAGGACUGGAGAACAUUAGUUAUGGAGACACACUUUACAACAUCACUGGAUAGCAAGAUUGACAAACUAUUGUUACUGUGUUUUUUGUUUCCUGAGAAUGUAUUUAUUUGAACAUAUUUAUUUAUUUACUAUUGUCUUAAGAUUAUUUAAUGUAAUUAUUGCUCGGAAAAAUUAAAUGACGGAUAUCUGCAGGUGAAGAUUCCACCUUCAUACUUUUGUUGGAAGUUUAUUUUGUUAUUUUUUCUCAUUGUUUACUAGGGUCACUUCAGGGUGAUUUUUGAGUGAUGAACAUUUUUUAUAAAUAAAAGUACACAAAUAUGUCUCACAGUUACAUUUCAUAGAGCGCCAUCACAUCAGAUAUUCCAUAUUACCAUCAAAAGCAUGCACACACCCACACAUUCAACCCAUUUGAAUACACACAAGCACACACAGACAAACACACAUAUAUCUCAUUCACAGUAUUUGAACAGUUUUACUUAAAGGAAUAGUUUACCCAAAAAUGAAAUUUCUUUCAUUAUUCACUUACCCUGAUGCCAUCCCAGAUGUGUAUG